AGUCAGAAAGACAUUGGAUCAACAAUUGUUGCAAUGGCCGCGGCGUUAGGAAUAGUUUCCAUCAUGCUGGUUGCAAUUUCUGUCGUCUUAUUUUGGCAUAUUAGACGUCACAAGUCGCCAUCAAGAUCUACAGCUAAAGAAAACACUGAUGUAGCAAAUGAAGAUGGUGGACACUAUGAAAUCGUGGACAGACAGACCGGUCAAGAACGAGACAUGGCAAACAAUGAUGUUCCACAGCACCCCAUAGGUGACAGUCAUCAGAGUGGUAACGUCAAUGCAGGACAAGAUAUCCAGCUGAACCAAUAUGAACAUCUUGAUCGAUCAGAGUCACCGCAGAAUGACUAUGAUAAAAUAACUAGAAUUUAAAGACACCGACUUAAGAAUAACUAGUUCGAGGAGAACAUAUUAUUACAUAAUUGUGUUUUAGCAAUAGUUGUUGAAAUGCUUUGUUCUUUAUGACAUUUGUUUCUUCACAAACAACAAACAUUUGUUUUUCAGAAAUCUAUAUAAUCAUUCUAAUACUGUUGUAUCAGUAAUUCUACUGUCACGGGUAUUCUAUAAUACCCGUAACUGAAUAAAACACGAUUAUCAAAAUA